AAAUUCCAUAACGCUACACUCUAAUCGCGCGACGUUGUUGAUCCAACUGUAUUUACCAUGCAGAUUAAUUUGCUCAUGAUCAACUCUUGCUGAGCUUUAACAUGCGACUUACGAUAAGCCGCCCGGAAUAUUUUCAUUUCUCCUCACGUUGAUUUCGAGCAGUCGCGCGAUUUUCGUUGUUGCGUGUGCUAUUUCUCAGGACAUUCGUGCAAAAAAUUGCCCAACAAUUGAACGUACUGCGAUUGGUUACCUGGAAAAUAUUGACUGAUAUGUAACUUCUGGCUGCAGACUAGGCGGAGAGUAUCAGUUAGCAAUUAGAUUUCGAGGAAAAUUUGUGUUUGAACGAGUAAACUAAUGUCAAAUGAAAUUCAAUAGUAUAUUUAAAUAAGAAACAAAAUGCAGACAGCUACGUGGAUGUUUUGGAAUACAAGGAGAUACAUGGUGUCCUUUUUAGCAUUUUUUGGUUUUCUCAUGAUAUAUGUACUUCGUGUAAAUUUGAGUAUUGCUAUUGUGAAAAUGACCGAAAAACAGACUGUUACUGAUGUAUAUGGAAAUAUCACUUACAUCCGAGAAUUUGAUUGGGACACCCGCUUACAAGGCUACGUGUUGAGCUCAUUUUUCUACGGCUACAUAGCGACACCAUUGGUCGGCGGUUGGCUUGCCGCCCGUAUCGGUGGCAAACGAGUGUUUGGCCUGGGUAUCGCUGUCACCGCGCUCUUCACAUGUAUCACUCCACCGGCGACGCGGCUCAGCAUUCACUUGCUUCUCGUUAUCAGGGUGAUCGAAGGACUAUUCGAGGGAGUGACCUAUCCAGCCAUAAAUGCAAUAAUGGCCAAUUGGGCGCCACCCCUUGAGCGUUCACGACUGACUACCUUGGCGUACGCUGGUAGUUUCGUCGGUACAGUAUUGGCUAUGCCAAUCUGUAGUAUAAUGGCCGAGCGACUUGGUUGGUCGAGUCUUUUUUACGUGUUCGGCGUAAUGGGUCUAAUUUGGUAUGUCUGUUGGUGUUAUGUGGUAAGUGAUCGUCCCGAGGAUGACAAUAGUAUCAGCGAUGCUGAGUUGAAAUACAUCAAAGAUAGUCUUGGUUCUGUAGACGACAACAAAAUUUCACAUCCGUGGAAAGCGAUGUUAUCGUCGCCGGCUGUCUGGGCAAUCAUAACUGCUCAUUGCAGUGAGAACUGGGGCUUCUAUACAAUGAUAACUCAGUUGCCCACAUUCAUGAAUGACGCACUGGACUUCGAUCUCGAGAAAGCUGGCUUUUUGUCGGCACUGCCCUACUUCGCGAUGGCAACGAUGCUUGUGAUAUCCGGUCAGUUAGCCGACUGCCUGCGCGCGCGCGAAAUUCUCGGCACAACCCAAGUGCGCAAGAGCUUCACGUGUUUGGCAUUCGUGUGCCAAGCGAUUUUCAUGACGUGCACGGCUUGCGUCCUAAAAGCCGAGGUGGCGGUCAGCUGUAUCACGUUGGCCAUUGGACUCGGCGGCUUCGCGUGGUCCGGUUUCUGUGUCAACUACCUCGACAUUGCGCCGAGACACGCAAGCGUUCUAUUUGGCAUUGGAAAUACCGUGGCCACUCUACCCGGCAUCAUCAGUCCCGUACUCACUGGGCAUCUUGUCAGAGAUAAGACGGCCGACGAGUGGCGAAUUGUCUUCCUUAUAGCCAGCGGCUUUUACAUCGUCGGUGCAAUCGUCUACGGUCUUCUUGCGUCAGGUGAGCAGCAGCACUGGGCGACGAAAGUUUCGUGCUCCAACAACAAAGCUCAUGAUUCACGCGAUAACGCACCUACUGACGUUGAAACACGAUGACUUGCAACAUUUGAGAAAUUAUUAUUGUCGCGAUAUAAAGUGAAUUAAACUUCGCUACUGAAAAGAUCGUGAAUAAUAUUCCUUUAGAUGAAUAGUAGCUUUUAAAGAAAUACAAAGUGCUACAAUAUGAUCCAAUAUGUAAAUUUAAUUAAAUUUUGAAACCAAUUAUAGUCACAUUAUUAUCAAAUGUAUGUAAUUAAGUAUGAGCAAUUCAUGUAAAACUAUUUUAUAUAUUAUGUAUAUUAACGGAAAAUAUUUUACGCGUACAUAGACGUCGCUAAUACCUGACAAGGGAAUGUGAUAAUAAAUAGAUGAGAAAACAAUUUUUUUUUUAAAUGAAGGAUAUUCCUUUCUUAAAAUAAUAAAAUAUAUUUUUAAAUUAAAAAUAUUUUAUUUAAACAUACUGCAAUUUAAAAAAAGUUUUUGUAGUGUUCAGAUAAGAAUAAAUUAGAUAAUGGGUAAAGUCAUAUUUCGAGAGUGCUUGAAAUAUAUCAGUGCAUUGGUAAAGAAAUAGUAAUAACGUACAGGUAUGUUUUGAGAUAUAUAUAAAGUAAGGCAAUGUGUAUAUGAACACAACGAAUUGAAUAAAUCAUCAAUUUAUCCCAAUCGUUAUU